AAUUUUUCGGAAACCCAUUCAAAACCGUUAAAGUGGAAACAAAUUUUUGAAAUAAUGUGCAAAGAGAAAAAUGCAAAUUUUUAUUAGCAAGGAAAAUAAAUGAAUAACAGAUUUCUUACGAAUAACUUUCCAAAGGCAUUGGCCCUUAGUGUAUUGUGUGUGCGGGUCAAGUGUCGCUAUAACAAAUAAUCCUGCAUAUAAAUGCGAACACAAUAAAGUUUUGGCCCAGUGUGUGCGGGGUGUGUGUCAAUAACCAAGGCAACUAGCAAAAACAGCUUAAACAUAAUCAUUUCGUAGCUUAGAAGGCGUUAAACGCAUUUAAGCCGGGUCAAGUAAGGGGCCGAAAGGACAAAGGAUUCGCCUCCUGCGGUUUCAGUGGUCAGUUGAAAAGUCCCGAGUGUUAAACACAAGAAAUCCCAAGGAUACCAAAGGAAAAAUCGAGGGAGUGGCGAUAGCAAUACCAUUCUGCGGAUACGAGCUUAGUUUGAGAAGAAGUUACUUUUACUUCGUGUUGAUGCCACCUCUUCGACUUCUUGACGUUUCUUAGAACCAGAAGUGCUGAGUGCCAGGAUGUUGUAGAAUGAGUGACCACGACCACAUCGAUUCGGUGAAUGCCAGCGGGAGUGACCCGCUCCUGGAGCUGCACAACCUGGACGCCAUCGGGGAGAGCGUGGAGCUGCAGUGCCUGGUGCAGGAGCACAUCGAGGCCUCGACCUAUGGCAACACCAGUGACCACUGCCGCACCCAGUUCGACUCGAUCCUGUGCUGGCCGAGGACGGCCCGCGGAACCUUGGCAGUGCUCCAGUGCAUGGACGAGUUGCAGGGGAUUCACUACGAUAGCAGCAAGAAUGCAACGAGGUUCUGCCAUGCCAAUGGGACCUGGGAGAAGUACACAAACUACGAUGCCUGCGCCCAUCUCCCCGCCCCCGAAUCCGUGCCAGAGUUCGAGGUCAUCGUGGAGCUGCCCACCAUUAUCUACUACAUUGGAUAUACCCUCAGUCUGGUAUCGCUCUCGCUGGCGCUGAUUGUUUUCGCCUACUUCAAGGAGCUGCGUUGCCUGCGCAACACCAUUCACGCCAACCUCUUCUUCACGUACAUCAUGUCGGCUUUGUUCUGGAUACUCCUGCUAUCCGUCCAGAUAUCCAUCCGCAGUGGUGUGGGCAGCUGCAUUGCAUUGAUCACCCUCUUCCAUUUCUUCACCUUGACGAACUUCUUUUGGAUGCUGGUCGAGGGAUUGUACCUCUAUAUGCUGGUGGUCAAGACCUUCUCGGGGGACAAUCUGCGAUUCAAUAUCUACGCCUCCAUAGGCUGGGGUGGUCCGGCCUUGUUUGUAGUCACCUGGGCGGUGGCCAAGAGUCUGACGGUCACCUACAGCACCCCCGAAAAGUACGAAAUCAACUGCCCCUGGAUGCAGGAGACCCAUGUGGAUUGGAUUUACCAGGGACCUGUUUGUGCGGUGCUAAUCAUCAAUCUCACCUUCCUGCUGCGCAUCAUGUGGGUUCUCAUCACAAAGCUGCGCUCGGCCAAUACAGUGGAGACUCGUCAGUAUCGGAAGGCAGCCAAGGCCCUGCUGGUGCUCAUCCCCCUUUUCGGAAUCACCUACCUAGUGGUUCUGGCAGGUCCGUCGGAGUCCGGCUUAAUGGGUCACAUGUUUGCUGUUCUACGGGCGGUUUUACUCAGCACUCAGGGCUUCUCGGUGUCGCUGUUCUACUGUUUCCUUAACUCGGAGGUGCGUAAUGCUCUAAGACACCACAUUUCCACGUGGCGAGACACGCGCACCAUCCAGCUGAACCAGAACCGACGUUACACGACGAAAAGUUUCACAAAGGGCGGUGGUUCCCCUCGGGCUGAGAGCAUGCGACCCUUGACCAGCUACUAUGGACGCGGAAAGCGGGAAUCCUGCGUGAGUUCGGCCACCACCACCACGCUGGUGGGUCAGCAUGCACCACUUUCACUCCACCGUGGAUCCAACAAUGCCCUGCACACGAUGCCCACUUUGGCGGCCAAUGCCAUGAGUUCCGGCAGCACUCUGAGCGUAAUGCCCCGGGCCAUUAGUCCCCUGAUGAGGCAAGGACUCGAGGAGAACUCGGUGUAGACAAAUCCUUAGCAACUGCAUCUUAAGAGACUGAACUUUCAUUGAAUUCCACUUCCGUGUCGGAGAUCGAGAUCUGCGAGUGCGAUUAGUUAGCUAGUACUAUAUUUUAGAGAGAAGUGCGAUGAAAGAACGAAACCAAGUACCAAGCAGAGCAAGAAAACAACUCUACUUAAGUUAGGUCAAUCGUUUUAAACUGUUUGAUGUCGUCUAUGUGAACCGCUUAGAGCCCAAUACCCAUCCCAUAGAACAAAACCACAUAACACAAACUGUAGAUGUUGAAUGUAACUCAAUGUGCAAAUGGAUUAAUUCUCUGUAUGAACACAAAAUCUGAGCAUCUAAAUAAAUGGUCUAUUUACUUCGGUGUA